GGUCAGCGUAGGUGGAAGUGCUACAAACGGUGUCAUUCACAAAGUAACAAGAAUACACUACAAUAGUGAUAAAGAAUUCAAUUAACUUCCAUAAAAUAUUAAGAUCAUUUCCCGAGGAAAUUAUACAAACGGACAUUUUGAGCUUGACGUGAAAGUAACUCGGGGGCGUGUUUUCCGUUUCUUCACUGAUUUAUCAGGAGAUCACUCUUGGGAGAUUUUUUUUUAAAGGUAUAUGGUUUUGAAAAUGUCCUCUAAAAUGUCGGGCUCAAACAAUCUGGCUCAUGCUAGGAGGAUGGUACAGCAGCUGAGAGUCGAGGCCAGUAUCGAGAGGAUAAAGGUAUCCAAGGCCUCCGCUGACCUGAUGCGCUACUGUGGAGAAAACGCCAAAUACGACCCUCUGCUCAUGGGCAUCCCCGCCUCAGAAAACCCCUUCAAGGACAAAAAGCCCUGCACUAUAUUGUAGUCCAACAAACAACCACAGGCGUUUUAUUUAAUUAUUCUACUCAACUUCACCUUAAGCCCAGCUCCUUAGUAUAACUUUGUGCCACGUCUUAACUAUAUUUAGCUCUUACAGUAUUUAUUACUGUAAAAUAAACUCCAAUCACUACUAGUUAAUUGCCAAUUUUGGUGAUGGCUAGCAUCGCCUCUCAUUAGCAUCCCUCGUCUUUCUGUUUGGUCUGGAGUCAAUCCAGGGGAUAAUCCCAUAAUUCAAGGCGAAUAGCUGUUUUAAAGUUCCUCUUUCCACCAAACGGUGCCUUAAGUUACACUUUGUGGUUGAAAUAGGGAAGUAGCAGAUCACAGUAUGAUUUAAAGAGCUUGAAGCUACACUAACUGAUUAAAUGACUGAUGACAUUGUAUAUUCCUCUAGUAGCACAAAUAUGAAUGAUUUAUUAAUAGCAAAGGGACUGAAUUAAAUGGAAUUUGAGGAUCCAUAAUAAAUCAGAUGUAACUCCUGCAAUCAUCAAUGGUCCAGUGCAUGAUGGGUGAAUGAAACCAGAAAGUAAAUCAUUGACCGAUUUUUCCGAGAGGAAAGUUGAGAGUUUCUGGAGUGGUUUAAAGGGGUAGUUCACCCAGAAAUUCUGUCAUCACUCACUCUUAUUUUAAAACAUGAUGAGUUUGUUUUGUUAAACACAAAAGGAGAUAUUUCGAAUAAUAGGAAACCUGUAACCAUUGACUUCUAUUGCAUUUCAUUUUCUUACUAUGGAAGUCAAUGGUUACCGAUUUUCAGCUUUUUUCCUAAACAAAAAGAGUAAGUAAAAUUUUAUUUCUGGGUGAACUAUUUUUCUUUAAGAGAAAACAGAAGUGAUUCUAUUGGCUUGCACUUUCAAACCCAUGUGCCUUAGUUUUUUUAGCAUUCCUUACUUAGUUUCAAUGUAUAAAAAUGAAAUGAUGAUCCUUUUUUAUCUGUCGACCCUUUUCUUCUGAUUUUUAAGUGCCUUUUUGUGUCUUUCCUCUGACAAGGCACAUUUUUAGACCACUGCUGAAUUGAAAGGAUUUUUUUUUUUAUUUGCUUUGUGAAGCAGGCAGUCGUGAAACAUUACAUUAGCAUUCAGACUUUGAAUGAACCGUAUUCCUGAUGCUGCUGAGAAAUGCAGUAUUUGAGACUCACAACCAAAUCCCUGUGACCUCAGUAUCUCUGUGAAGAAAAACAUUAUUUUCUUUUCUUAUUUCAGUAUUUUUUUUUUUGCAAGCCUUCGUAACAUGUGCUGUACGUACUGUACCUUGAAAGAAAGAUUGAUUAAAAUUGUGAAAUAGUAAAACAAGG